UUAUUUUGGGUUUUAAACGUGUAAUCCAGGCGAGCUGCGUUGUCUCGGAGGUGGGACUCACACACACUCACACAGAAGGGAGGUGGGACGAAGCCUUUCAGUGGCUGAGAGCGGGCGCUGGGACCCCGCGGAGACUUGCUCGAGUCGAUAGAGGGGUGUGUGUGUGUGUGUGUUUGCAGGCAGCAUUAUUUAAGCGUGGAGAUGGAGAUGGAGGGGAGGGGAGUGGGUGAGAGCCUCCAGUAGCGCGCUCGCCUUCGCACCGAGUGCAAGAUUUGCAGAAUGAGCGUGUGAUUUUGUGUGCGCGUUUCAUUUUGCAACCACUUAUAGCCUGUGGUCUGUGUGAGCCGGAGAACGGGGAGGUGCAGGUAAAACAACAUGGGAAGAAGGGACCACAGCAGAAGAGAGGAAGAAUGAAGAGACUGGCGCGGCAUCUGAUCGCAGUGUUUUUGGGUCUGUCCAUGUGUGGGACUAUCCUGGUGGUUUACACCGGCAGAGGCGUCUUCGGGCUGGGCUACGGUGCGGAGGGAAGGAGCGGAGCAGGACGCCCGGAGUCAGCGCCGACACCAGCGCCGCCGCCGCCUCCUCCACUGACCGGUUACAUCAAUUUCAUCGACCACAAGGGCCUGCAGGUGCGUUGCAGAAGCUGCGCCCUGGUCACCAGCUCGGGGCACCUCAUCGGCAGCGGGCGGGGGUCGGAGAUUGACCGCGCGGAGUGCGUGAUCCGGAUGAACGACGCCCCGACGCGGGGGUACCAGGACGACGUGGGCCGGAGGACCAGCCUGAGGGUGGUGGCCCACUCCAGCAUCCAGCGGCUGCUGCAGAAGGGCGGGGAGCUCCUCAACGCCAGCCACAACCCGGCCUUCAUCUUCUGGGGCCCCAGCAGCUGCCUGAGGAGGGACGGCAAGGGGCGGCUCUACAACCAGCUGCAGCUCAUACACCGCUUCGUGCCCGCACUCAGGCUGCACACCAUCAGCCGCCACAAGAUGCUCUACUUUGACCAGCUCUUCGAGCGCGAGACCGGCAAGGACAGGAAAACCUCCAAUUCGUGGCUGAGCACUGGCUGGUUCACCAUGAUCAUCGCUCUUGAGCUUUGCGACAGAAUCGAUGUCUACGGCAUGGUUCCACCGGACCGGUGCAGGGACCCCACCCACCGGCAGGUGCCCUACCACUACUACGAGCCGGCGGGCAUCGACGAGUGCACCAUGUACAUCUCGCACGAGCUGGGCCGCAAGGGGAGCCACCACCGCUUCAUCACCGAGAAGCGCGUGUUCGCCCGCUGGACGCGGACGCACAGCCUCCACUUCCACCAGCCCGAGUGGGGGCCCGUCUCCGAGGCAACGGCAUCCAACCGCACCGCGGCCAACGCCGGCCCCUGAGCCGCACUCGCACUACCCGCUGAGCGCCGAGCCCCGAGAGGACAAUAAACUCAAGCUCAAAAACUGUUUCAUAAACCUCCCAUCGCACGGAAGACGAGAGAGCGCGCGUUGACAAGACACCGUUCACGGCCGUCGAGAGCCACUGCGAUAUUCGGGGAAGCAACUAGCAGACGCAAGGAACUGCAGAUGCUGGUUUACAGG